UACCAGCGCCUCCAGCCUUUCCUUUUCGCUUCUUUCACUCCACGAUGGCUCGCACCAAGCAGACCGCCCGCAAGUCCACCGGCGGCAAGGCCCCGCGCAAGCAGCUGGCCACCAAGGCCGCCCGCAAGAGCGCCCCGGCCACCGGCGGCGUGAAGAAGCCGCACCGCUACCGGCCCGGCACCGUGGCGCUGCGCGAGAUCCGGCGCUACCAGAAGUCCACCGAGCUGCUGAUCCGCAAGCUGCCGUUCCAGCGCCUGGUGCGCGAGAUCGCGCAGGACUUCAAGACCGACCUGCGCUUCCAGAGCUCGGCCGUGAUGGCCCUGCAGGAGGCCAGCGAGGCCUACCUGGUGGGUCUGUUCGAGGACACCAACCUCAGCUUGAGUUUAGCUCGCACUCAGUUCAACAUGUCUGGUCGAGGCAAAGGCGGGAAGGGUCUCGGAAAAGGAGGCGCCAAGCGCCACCGCAAAGUCCUGCGCGACAACAUCCAGGGCAUCACCAAGCCCGCCAUCCGCCGCCUGGCCCGGCGCGGCGGCGUCAAGCGCAUCUCCGGCCUCAUCUACGAGGAGACCCGCGGGGUGCUGAAGGUCUUCCUGGAGAACGUGAUCCGCGACGCCGUCACCUACACGGAGCACGCCAAGCGCAAGACCGUCACCGCCAUGGACGUGGUCUACGCGCUCAAGCGCCAGGGACGCACGCUCUACGGCUUCGGCGGCUGAGCUGAUCAGCGCUUCCGGUGUCUUAAUCUAAAGGCCCUUUUCAGGGCCACCCA